CGUCCCGCUUUCAAAAAACAAAUACAUGAAGUGAAGGGUGCGCCUGCGGGCUGUGCGUAGCGCCGCUUCAAGCGUUGUUGGCGUGGAAAGGCUUGGCCGGCCUACGCUAGAAACGCUGCGGGGUGCUUCCUGCCGCCAUAAGCAGCAGAGAAAUUGUGUUGGCGCGAUUAUCAGCGCCGCGGACCUCCGUGUAAUGGGUCAGGGUGCCGAGACACCUCCGUGUAAUGGGUCAGGGUGCCGAGACACCUCCGCCGGGCGCUGUAAAAGCUUUAUUUUCUGUGCGUUGUGCUUCCGAGAUCGCGUGCGGUAUAAGGGCCGAGGCAUAGAAAACAACUUUUGGAAGCUUGCAUAUUAAAUUGGUGAAAAAGCUAGAAGAACCAUCUCAGGUUACCUAGUUGCCACAAAUAUAUACUGCAGACUGGAACAGACUGUUCUUCAUCUCUUUGAACUAUGCCAAGAAAAAGAAAGCUUUUGGCUCAAUUAAGUACUCUCCAAAGCAAGUCCAGCUUCCCUCCCUUUGAUGCCUUGGGGAACCUGAAUGUCACCCCGGAUAGAGACUCUUCUCCAAAAAGCAGCAAGUAUUUUGCAGUAGAGAAGAAAAGUUCUUCCCAGCUAGAAUCAGAUUUUUUUAACCAACCCUGUAUUAGUCUGGCCAAGUCUUUUCUGGGACAGAUUUUAGUACGCAAACUUCCUGAUGGCAGAGAACUCCGGGGGAGGAUUGUUGAAACAGAAGCUUAUCUGGGUGGGGAAGAUGAGGCUUCCCACUCCAAAGGUGGGAAGCAAACUCAGCGAAACACGGCAAUGUUCAUGAAACCAGGAACUUUGUACGUGUAUCAGAUCUAUGGGAUUUAUUUCUGCGUGAACGUUUCCAGCCAAGGGGAAGGGGCUGCAGUCUUACUUCGCUCUUUGGAGCCUCUUGAGGGUCUAGAUGUGAUGCGAGAGCUGCGCAGUGCUUCAAGGAAAGGACCCACAAAGCCACUGAAGGACUGGCAGCUGUGUAACGGGCCCUCCAAGCUCUGCCAAGCGUUUGGUAUUGAUAAGGAUUUUGACCAAAGGGAUCUGACUCAAGAUGCAGCCAUUUGGAUGGUGCCUGGGCCAGAACUGCCAGGAGAGCAGGACGUGGUAGCCACAGCCAGGAUUGGUGUUGGCAACAGGGGAGAGUGGGCACAGAAACCUCUGAGGUUUUAUUUAAGAGGGAACAAAUUUGUGAGUGUGGUCGACAAGAAGCUGGAGAGAGAGAUGGCAGCACUGGGCUCCUCCUCUUGCAGCUGACUAGUCUUGCAGGGAUGCCUAGGAGCAGGACUUGGGCUGCGCUCCAUAUGACAGCCUCAAGCUACAUCCUGGCAGCAGUGAGCACAGGGUGACGGCUUGGAAGCUUUUAACAAUAAAUGUACUUUAUCACAAUGAA